AUGGCCUCCGCCGACCACCUCCGCGCCCUCGACCUCAAGGCGUUCGACUACACCCGCGACCUCGCCCGGCGCGUCCGGUACCAGAGCAACCUCAACCUGUUCAAGUCGCGGGCGGCCAACUGGCGCGACACGCUCUUCAUGGAGCUGCCGGCGCCCGAGGAGCUCCCGGCGGCGUGCAGGGGCGUCGCGCCGGAGUACGCGCGGCUGCUGCAGCAGGGGCUGGGCCGCACGCUGCUGGGGCUGCUGUCGGAGGCGCUGGGCCUCCGCCCCGGCCACCUCGAGGAGGAGCACGGGUGCCUCGACGGGGUCAGCCUCGCCUGCCACUACUACCCGGCCUGCCCGGAGCCGCAGCUCACCCUCGGCACCCCGCGGCACUCCGACGCCGACUUCCUCACCGUGCUCCUCCAGGACGCUGUCGGCGGCCUCCAGAUACUCGUGGACCUCGAGGACAAGGACGGCGGAGAACGGAAGCAGGCGGCGUGGGUGGACGUGCCGCCGGUGGCGGGCGCGCUGGUGGUGAACGUGGGGGACUUCCUGCAGAUCAUGUCCAACGGCAGGUUCAAGAGCGUGGAGCACCGCGUGGUGGCCAACGCCGUGGGGCCGCGGGUCUCCGUGGCGUGCUUCUUCCGGACGGACCGCACCGCCGCGUCGACGACGGUGCUGGAGCCGAUCGUCGUUGCCGACGGCGACGGCGGCGCGCGGUACGGCAGCACGACGGCGGAGGAGGUGGUCCAGCGGCACUACAAGGUCUCCUCUGCGCUCCAGCAGCAGCACUUCAGGCUCUGA